UCGAAUCGUUUUUCGUUCGGAAAAGUUUCACCUUUAAAUUCUGAAACAGUCAUAUUACGCUGCGGUCGCCUCUCUUAUUUCUCUACUAUAUUUAUGUUUAAAAUUCAAUUUUACAAAAACAUAAUCAAAAUGACUACAGAUUUAUCAGUAAUUGGAACUCACAAAGUGAAAAGUGUGCUGAAUGGACAGAGCGUAGAGUUGAAGACUUUCUGGCAGGACCAGAAUGUGGCCAUCAUAUUCUUCCGUCGCUGGGGAUGCAUGCUGUGUCGGCUGUGGGCUAAAGAGCUGGGAGAAAUAGCACCGGUGCUACACAAGAAUGGCAUCAAGAUGGUCGGAGUGGGGGUGGAAGAGGCGGGCUCCAAGGAGUUCGUCGAGGGCAAGUUCUUUGAUGGAGAUCUGUAUUACGCGGAAGAGCUGUCAACGUAUCAGGCGCUGAACUUCAAGCGAUUCAAUGUCGUCAGUAUUCUAGCGUCACUCUUCUGGAAGCAAUCGAGAGACGCCAUAUUUAAAGGACGCGCCAUGGGUUUGAGCGGCGACACGAAGGGCGACUGGGGUCAGGUGGGCGGCGCAUUGUUGGUAGGCCCCGGCGGCAAGCUGCUGCGCGAGUUCAGACAGACCGGACCCGCGGACCAUCUGCCCAAUGAGGAGAUCCUCAAGGCUUUUGGCUUGGAGGCUGAGUAUACUCCGGAGAUGGCCAACCAGAAGCGGGACGAUACCCAGUGUUCCACAGAAGUCAAGCCCUAAGCUAAGUCCGCAGCCGUGGCGGAGGUCCCUUCAAAAUUGCACCCUAGCACCUAUCCACACCAUUUGGGCAGAGAGGCGAUGCAGGAGAAGUUGGGUAUAGCCGUUCUAUUGCUGGUUUUGAUAGGGAAUUUGUUUACUGUCCUGUGACGUCAUGAAUGCUGUUUAUAGUACGCGUCUAUGACCGAUAGAUGGCGUUAGUGGGAUGGGAGGUCUUUUAAAAAUGGUGUAGAGAAGUUACUUGUAGUUUUAUUUAUCGUUAUUUUAUUUUAAAAAAAUAUUUUAAAAAAUUAAAGAAUUAUAAUAGGUGUUUGACCUUCGUGCCUAUUCGGGCGGAUAUAUACUUGACGUUUAAGUUUGACAGCUCUUUGGUUAGUGCCGUCCUUCACGCACAAUAAGUGCAAGAAAGAGAUAGAACUAGUUUUAGUCCUGUCAAGUUAAAACUAUGGUUACCAAUGAUAGAUUAUAUUGGAACAUUUUUUUAUUGAAUGGUAGAUGGUGAAAACCACAUGGGUUGUGAAGUACAGGUUUCUUAAUCAUACAUAUCGCCACGAAAAAAAUGGGAAAAUUUAUAUAAAUUUUAAUUGAAAAAAAUAAAUUAAUUAACAGACUGAAAAAGUGCCUAAGAAUGCCCUAAUGUCAAAACCAGCAAUGAAUUGGAUAUGUAAAUUAAAAUGCAAUCAAAAUUUAAAAACAGAUAUUUGUCUUCUAAAUGUUAUAUUUGGCUUUUGAAGAAAUAAGUAAGAGAAUUAUUUUUAUAAUUAUAUCAUUGCUUCCUCUAAUUUUAGACGUUUUGUAAUUUUAUUGUAUUUUGUAUUAUAAUAAUUUUAUUUUAUAUAUAAUUUAUAUAACAUUAGGCCUAUAGGCACUUUGAGUUACUUUUGUAAAAGUAUACUUUUAACUACUUAUAGGCAGUUAAUAAAAAAUGUAAAAUUAAUAUAAGGCAAUAAGCCCGUUCAUCAUUAUUCGCUUCGCCGUUCCGCGUUAUUGCACUUGUAAUUUUUCGAUCUUAAUAAAAUAAAAAAAAUAUAUUUAAGUCAAAUAUUAAAAUACUAAAAAGAUAACGCGAAAAAAAUGCAAAAUAUGUCAAAGAAAUAAUUAAUAAAAAAAGCAAGAUUUCCAAAAGUUUAAAAAAUAAAAACAUUCAAAAACUGGAAGAAUAAUAAAAAAAUAUUAAAAAACAAUUUGAACCAAAGACAAUAUUUUUUUUAGAUGACAAUAGUGUAAAUUAAUACGUUUUUAUGGCUAUUUAUUUGAGGCUCUAAGGUUAUAGUGCAAUUUUACAUUAUUAUUGUAUUUUAUCAUGUUUUUACAGCACUACAACCUGCAUAAUAUUCAUAAAUUAAUUUAUUGUUGUAAUAUUUCUGGUCACGAGUUCCAAAUAAUACAUUUUGCCUGUUUUUGUUUCACUGAGUGUUCACAUUUUAAAAAUGUAACUGUCGUGUGUUUUAUUUUCGAAUAAAAGAUUUUUAAAUUA